UGAGACCGGAAGUCGGAAGCCGGAAGUGGGGCUGUGAGGACGUGUUCCGAGGAAGCCGCAGGCCGGCUCGGCCGGCGUCAUGGAGCCGCUGUACCAACAAACGCACAAGCAGGUCCACGAGAUCCAGUCUCACAUGGGACGCCUGGAGACGGCAGACAGGCAGUCUGUGCACUUAGUAGAAAACGAAAUACAAGCAAGCAUAGACCAGAUAUUCGGCCAUCUAGAGCGUCUGGAGAUUUUGUCAAGCAAGGAACCCCCUAAUAAAAGGCAGAAUGCCAAACUCCGUGUCGACCAACUGAAGUAUGAUGUCCAGCACCUGCAGACUGCCCUCAGGAACUUCCAGCACCGGCGCUAUGCCAGGGAGCAGCAGGAGAGGCAGCGAGAGGAGCUUCUGUCUCGCACCUUCACCACUAACGACUCUGACACCACCAUACCCAUGGAUGAAUCACUGCAAUUUAACUCCUCCCUCCAGAACAUUCACCACGGCAUGGAUGACCUCAUUGGAGGCGGGCACAGUAUUCUGGAGGGACUGAGGGCCCAGAGACUGACCUUGAAGGGGACUCAGAAAAAGAUCCUUGACAUUGCCAACAUGCUCGGCCUGUCCAACACAGUGAUGAGGCUAAUUGAGAAGCGGGCCUUCCAGGACAAGUACUUCAUGAUUGGUGGGAUGCUGCUCACCUGUGCAGUUAUGUUCCUUGUAGUCCAGUACCUGACAUGAGCCAGCUGCACCCAGCACGGAGAGUCUGCCCACCAUGUGCACAUGUGCAAGCAAGAAGUGGGCUGGGAGGCCACCUUUUGAAAUGUAUGCCUUAACUGUGAAGACACCCCUCCCCCAGGACUAAUUGUGGCUUCGUAUCAAACCUGCUUUGUUUUCUGUGACAGCUGGGGAGUGGGAACUAGGGUCACCAAGAUGUGUGGUGCUUAGGAAGUGAGUGGGUCAAGACCCUGUUAUCUGGUUCUCACUGGGGGAGGGAGGGGUGGGUUUUGUGGUUUAUCCACACAGCUGAUGCUCGCCCUGGAAAGCCUGCAUGAUGAGGCUUGCACAUAGGACUGUCCACACGGUUCACUCCUUGUCAUCGCCCAGUCUUUGUGCUCCUGAUGGCUUGGCUGGAGCACAUGUGAGAAGAUGAGGAAAGAAGACUUUCCUUGUGCCUUCUGGGGUAGAUCAGUUCUCACAUCCUUCCAGCCACUACCCAGUCCCAACCCUAAGAAAACAUGACAUGUAGGUGACUAACUGCUCACACCAGCACCCUUCCCUGGAAGCAGCUACUCCAGGGAAGUGGAGACAUUGGAGCUGUUGCUGAUAACGUAAGCUUUUCCAUGCCAGUUGCUGGGUGUUUGUCCUUCCUGAGGUGAGGCCAUCAGUGUUCCUGGGGAGUGUUCAGUCUGGACACGAGUCCUGAGUCACCAGUGUUUUUCCAGUUAAUACAGCAAUUGGCAGUUCAGAGACGUAGCUUGGCACCUCCACCCAGGUUCCAGUGGGUGGGCCUUUGCCCCUUUGCAAGUAGCCAUGAGCAAAGGGUGAUUUCUAAGUUGUAGACUCAUCUAGUUCUGCCAUCUCAAAUUCUUUGACUGUCUCUCCUCUCCCUUGAAAUACAUUAGUAAUAUAUCCAUCAGCUAAGCCUCCAUUUUCCCCAGCCCUGGUAGGCCACCCUGCUAAGCAUGUCUUUAUGAGACUGUUUCAGGGACCAGGCCAUUUUCACUUUGUCCAGCCAUGAUUAAGGCUAUAUUAAUACCUGGUGUAUUGCAGAAUUUGUUUGAAAAUUAAUGUAUCUUGAGCAAG